GUAUAAGUCUCGGUGUACACAGGGCCCAUGGGAGUACACACAGACUUGAUGCAAGAUGUAAGAAGACCCCAACCUUAUCGAUUUUAAUUGGGGGAAGAGGAAAAAGCUGAUGGGGUUUUCCAAGGACAAACUGGUGUUGGGGGUCCAUGUAUUGAUUGCUGUCAGUUGCUGAAGAAAAAGCGCGGGAUGGGUUUUUGCGGCGCACUCCAUAUGGAUAUCAGGAUUGGAAUGAAUUAAAGUUAAUUGGUGUCUGUGUGUGGAUAAGCUGGAUGCUCUCGGCGUGAGGUAAUAAUCUCCUAACCGAGACAGGGCGAAAUUGAACGCGCAGUUUUCGAAUCGCAGUCGCCGGUGAGAUUGUUGAAAUUCAUUUUUCAUCAAGGCCAUGACGCUAUGGAAUGCCGUGCUUGCGCUGACAAGUCAAGCAUAUGCAGCCUAUAUCUAAAAUGUACACGCAUGCAGCCUGUCAAAUUAUGAGGCGCAUGUAUAACACGAAUAAUUAUUUCAUUGGCCGUGCGCAGUCACUGUGCUAGCCGUGUCUGUGGGAAAGUGACGGGGUUUAUUUUUCUCUCUGGCUUCUAUUGUGGACGGAACUGAGUACGAGGACCUCUUUUGGGGGAUUGUGCAAGCACCGUUUCGUUGGCUGCAUUGAACCGUGAAAGCUAGCAUUGGAAGUCAUGCAUGAGGUACGUGCUGAAAAGGUAAGGACCGCCAUUUUCUAUUUCGCCUAGCAGGACAGGUUGUGAUCGCAGCGAUUUUGGAGCGAUUCUGCAAGCGAAAGUGCUAACAUUCCAACGCCUACACACAUGUCACGGGCCUGUUUUUGUUGUCAGGAACUUGUAUGAACACUGAACGUUGGACCUGUCGUCAGCAAAAUUGUCAAAAGGGUGUGAGAACCAAGUUUCACCCGUUAUGUUUAUGAUGAUGGCACAAUCGUGGUAAAAAAGGAGGAAAAAAGGAGUAAAUUAGAUACCAUCGCCAUGUCGUUCUUAAAGAGGAUCGGUAGUCGGAGCAAGUCGACGGUGGAAUUCCCCGAGGACACAAUCAAGGCCCAAAAGAAGGAGGAGAAGAAGCAGCAGAAGAGGAGCAGUGUUCACGGUCUGUCCAGCUUCAAAUCUCGGUCCGAGGAAUCGGCCAGUGGAGAUGCAGAGGGGGCGGCAACCACGGACUCUCACCCUGGUUCCUCUUCGGAUGUCACCAGCCGACACCAUGCGGCCAAGGACCGGGAACGCAAGAAACACAAAGACAUGUCUGGGAUAACUAUCCCGCCCUCGGGCCCCUCGAAUGAGUACCCGACUUUCUUGGUGCACUACCUGGGUCGCAUGCCCACCAAUCUGGAAUACGGGCGCGACGCGGUGGAGAAACCCGUGGAGCAACUCUGCAAACUGCGGGAGAAGCAGAAACUGUCCCGUCUGAUGCUGAACUUUAACCCGGACGGUCUGCGGUGCUGGGAGGUGAGUGGACCCUUCCUGAAGACCAAAAAAGACGGGUUCACCAUGAGUGUGCCCCUGCAUCACAUCACCUACGGUGUAGGGAGCAACGAUCACCCGAACAUCUUUGCCUGCAUCAUCAGGAUGAAUGCCGAACCGGAUCCAGGAGAGGACCAGAUGCUGAUCCUCCAUGCCUUUGUCUGUACCAAGCCCGAGGUCACUCAGAAACUGACUUACUGGCAGCUCCAGGCUUACAUCGAGGCGUACGAAGACCUCAAACGAAAGAGGAUUCUACGUGAUAGACGCAAGAAAGCCAUGGGGGGAGCUCCCGGUGAGAUGGCCACUCCAGUCCCUGCCAUCUCACCCGUGCCAGAGGAAUCUCCAAAGGACAAAGGUAACGACAUCACCGAGGUAAAAAUCAAGGGGAAGGGAAAGGUGAAAGUAAAGGCAAAUGUUGAACCCGCAGGUGUGCCAGGAAGGGAUAUUCAAAACGGACCUUCGAGGGCCGUGGGGCUUGUCCUCCAAGACGGCUCUCAAGCUCGUUCCACCGUCUUUCCGACAAACAAUAAUUCUGUCGAAGAGAGGGACCCCUCGGAAGUUUUUGUGGAAGCGCCAGGAGCAACCACGGGCACCAUGGUUCAAAGAGCACGCAUCGUGUCCCGUCCCAGGAUGGGUUCGUCCACCAGUGAGGGAGGCAACUCCUCCCCAGGCGCCCCGGCCCCUGACAGCUCCAGAGAAGGCAGCAUCUCCUCAUUUGAGGGGGAGGGCAAAGCGGACACUUCACUGCAUAAACGCAUCGGGGAUCUUCAGGAGUUUAUGGAGAUGGACUCUGAUAUGCUGAAGAAGUUGAUGGUCACAGAACACCCGACGUUAGCAAGGCGUAUCUUCUUCCGAUCCACAGUGGACACACAAGGCGUGUUUCACCAGGAGAAGGUCGAAUUGGAAGGGAACGGGCAGGCCGGGGAACAAGCGGCUAGCGACGCCUAGUGCCGGCCGACAAGCCAUCACUUGUGACCGAGAACUGGGCCUCACAGACAUCAUGGAGUGGUUAAUUGACACAUUAAGCUUUAUACCCCUUUUCUGAACUUAUAAAAUAGUUCCCUCAAGGUCAUUUCCAAGCUUUCAAAGAAUACCCGCAUGAGUAUCUCCCGACGACGGGUAGAGUACUGACCGAUACGUUGAGUUGUCCACCUUGUGAAGCCUUGCUCCUUACAUAGACCUUGUGGAAGUCGGAGCCAGUGGACGCCCAUGGGUAAACCUGUUUGUGCAUUCAUUGUUACUAGAUUAAAAUAUCAAAGAAUACUAUCUGACAUAGUCCAACGCAUUACGCAUAAGGUCCAAUGCAUGAAUAUUAAAAUGUCACAGUGACUUCAUAAAAAGCUUCGAAUCCGGAUUUUGUAUAUUUCUCCAUUGAAAAACUAAAACAUUAUGCUUAUGGCCGGAUAUCCUCCUCAAAAAUAUUACAAACCACCCCUGCUGUGUGUUCGUUUAAGGGCAGCUAUAGGGGGCCUACCCUUUACAUUAAGUUAGCAUUUGCAAUUUCUUGAUGUGAGACCUCUUUAAUCGGAAGCAAAACUAUCACUCAAAUUUGCCUUGAAAUUUAUUGAACAAUUUCCAGUCGCUGAAAUCAGGACUUAUUUGAAGAAGAAUUUUUUUUUUCUAUAGUGUCCUGACGUCAUGGCGAUUGUACUUCCUUUUGGUUGACGCAUGAGGCGUGUAAUGGCAAAAUGAAUACCUUAAACAUCUCAUCAGCCGUAACAUUUAUUUCAUGCCUGAGUUCCACCAUGUUUCUUUCUUUUUUAAAGUUAUAUAAAUAAGGUUAAUGUAUAACAUAUGUACAUGUAUUCUUGAAUAUACGUAUAAUUCUAUUGCAAAGUAGGUUAAUAGCGCCGUGGGUUUCUUUGUAAACUGUUGGUUGGAGUAGGUGCUAUAUUUUAAAUGUAAUAUGUAAUAUUUAGGUAUAUAUGACUGAAAAAUUAUUUAAAAAUGUACUGUACAUGUACCGUUCGCAAUGUAGGUUUAUAUAGCUAGGCGUAGAAAUAUUCUCGACUUGAAUAUGGGCUUAUAGCCAAAUGAAGUUGAAUCAACCACAUGUCGAAUAUUCAUGGCGUCACGCUUCGUAAUAACCUGUAUUUAAGUUGUUUUCAAUAAGCACUGUGCGAAAUACCAACAUUAGCAAUAAUUACAUUUUGAAUAUGCCGCAAUGACGAUGUCCUGUUGGUUCUUUUCAUGUUUAAUACCGUGUACUAAUAACAUUGCCGACGACAGCUUCAAAAUCGUUUCUUGGUAUAGGUAUUUGUAGCGUUGACAAAUUAUCCAAUUUUAACCAAGUUAAGCUUCGGAAUGAAAAACAUUUGGGUCACAGUCGACGGCUUGUGAAAUACGGGAAUUCUUUCAUGUACAGGAGAAUGUGAUACCGGUGUAUAGCAAGAGUGUGACGUUCAACAUUGAACUAUAGCGGCCAUGGCUGCUUACUCUGUCAUAAAGCUUUCCCAGAAAACUCAUGCAUUUAUAAUGCGCAAACAUCCGUUCCCAUUCCAUAUCAAAUAGAUUAUAAUUCCUAUGGGUCCCGUAGUCGUGUAGAGUUUGUUGAGUUAAAGGGAAAGGUUGUGUGAAUUCCGGGAUAGUAACAAUUAAUGUCAUAAUUGUUUUGUCUUGUCUUGGUUCCUGGGAAAUCGAAUUACCUACUAUAACGAAUUUAAUCUUUAAAGAUGUAAAGGCCUACUGACAAUGCUCUUUAAAAAAAAAUUGUGUUUUUCUAACGACAGACAAACACUUUUGUUGAUUUUUAUCUCUAUAUUUUGGACGUCUGCAGCCGUCCGAACAAGAGAUGUUGUUUGGGUUGCUUUUUGCGAAAACUUUUUAUGAACACCCUGCGAAAACUGAAUGUCUAAAGUUGUUACAUGUACAUGUAUUCCAUAACUAAAACGUUGGCCGAGUUUUGGUUUGAUUUCUCAUUCAAAACGUGAAUAACUUUUGUAUUGCAAGAAAAACAGCAAUUUCAAAACAAAACCAAUUUUUUCACGGUGAAGCCUGUCACCAUCUUUGAUGUUUUGACGUUCUCAUAAUUCGUGUUUUUUUAUUCUAAUAUCAGAAUUUUUAAAUUUUGAGACAUCCCCUAAAAUGUCCAAUUACGUGUAUUACCUCCGCCGAAGAGGUUAUGUUUUCAUCAUAACUCAAAAAGUUAUGGACGGAUUUGCAUGAAAACAAGUUUAGGGUUGGUCCUUGGUACAAGUACAAAAUCGAUACGAUUUUGGAGGUGAUCCGGAUAUGAGUCUGGAUCCAGGAUUUUGUUUUUAAGGAUUCUUCACCAUUUAUGCGAAUAUUUCUUUUGGGUGUACUGACAAUAUGGUGGGGAAUUGUUCAGCGUCGGCGAGGUCUGCGCUCUCUGAGUGCUUUUUAUAGUUCACCCCUUUGCUUGCUCUCUUAUUUUAUAUAAAAUGAGAUGACUGAGAAACGUCCUUUAAAAACCUCAUAUCCAUGGAGAGUUUCGCAAGCGUCUUUUUACUGUGAAUAACUUGUUCAUCGAAAUAUAUUAUUCCAAAGUAAUAAAAGUAUAGUCUGGCUUUUUAAUGGUUAACUAUUGAUAAUAUGAAGCAUGAAUGAGAAAGUUGGCCAGUACUUGUUUUUGUUUAACCCAAUACAACAGUUUGAAUUCUUUACCCGUUUUUAUUUACUUCGGCAACAAUCGCCAUUUUUUUAAAGGUUAAUAAUGCUACGGAGUAUGGUGCAACGCAUUAUGUAGACAAUGUAUUUUAGACGUAUGGUGCAAUUGUCUUUUAGCAAUGUUAACUUCAUACUUUUUGUAAACUUCAUUUUGUUCACUUGUUUUAAUGGAGCCUUUACAAAAAAUAAAUGAUAUGCUUGUGCAGUCUGUUGGGUAUGGCAACAGUGCAGGUGACCCCUUUAAUCAAACACACUUUUGAUUAACCAUGCAUAGGAUUCCGAUCACGAGCUUAUAGCCGUGGAGGAAGAUUGCUGUCAGUAAUCCAGAAGCACACAUUAAUAUUUUAACCGGAUGACUCACUUAAGACACCCAGGCACGCGGUUUUUUUUUCAUAUGAAAACGUAAACUUGAACACGAAAACAGUCUUCAAAUUAUAGAAAGAAUUCUUAUGAUUGCAAA